AUGGCCGCUCAACAAUCCCAAGGCAUCCAGACGCUCCUCGAGGCAGAGAAGGAGGCGGCAAAGAUCGUCCAGAAGGCGAGGAAUUGUGAGUCCCUCCCCUUCCCGCAAUGUCCACUUCGAGAUUCUCCUGAUCUGAUCAUAAGAUUGACCCCUUCCAUCUUGCUUCUCGUCCUCCUCCCUCACCGAACCCAAAAGCUCAAGGACGCUCGCAGUGAAGCGGCAAAGGACAUUGAGGAGCUCAAGGCUAGCAAGGAUCAGGAGUACCAGAAGUACAAGAAGGAGCACGAAAGCGAACAAUCCACCUCCUCCUCUGCCGUAGAGAAGGAGACAGACGCAGAACUGAAGCGCAUCGAGGAGUCGUACAAGAAGAACAGGGACGAUGUAGUUCAGAAGCUGUUGGACCGCGUUGUCCAGGUCAAGGCAGAGAUGCAUCGUAAUGCUGUCAAGGUGGAGUAGGUACGGACGAGAAUUGAGAUUUUGUUUAUAGUACAUGACAUGAUUUGCUAUCUUUGGGCUAUGAGACUGGAUGUGGAUGUGGUGCGGGGCCGAGGAGGGGGAGGGGCGAGCAGGUCAGGCGAUUCGUACCUUCUUCGAGCCGGAGCCCGUGCCAGCUUUGCGCUUCUUGAAGGGAUUGGGAGCUGAAGCUGGCGCUGGAUCUGAUGGCGGCGGUGAAGCUGAUGCUGCUGAUGCUGCUGCUGCGCUCAAUGAAGGCUCCGUAGCC